AUGACCCGCAACAGCUCCCUCGGGGAGAUCCUCACACCUAGAGAUGCAGCCCAGCUGAUCAAUCUUGACCUUGUCAAUCUUCCCAACCCGCCUAAUGGCUCUAUACAGAUCCACAAUGGAUCAGCCCCCGGAGGUAUGCACACACUUGCAGGGCCAUUAGGCAUGGACGGCUUCACUGUGCUAUACAAAGCGAUGGAUCAAGCACGGUUUGACUGCCUCUUCGAUCUUCAGGGUGUUCUCAACAGAACAGAAUUUGUGUCCUUCUACCUAAACGUGGCCAAGAAAUACGCUGCUUGGGCAAAACGACGAGACAACGUGGCAUCUGUGAUCAUAGUCCAGAUUGCAAUUCAAAACAGCGCCAUCGAAGCAAUGCGCCAUCCAGAUCUCCAGCGCGUUUCUUGGCAAGUUCGGAGUGGCCAGAGCUCAUCUGCCAUUGCCGUGCAAUAG